CAGCCCCACCCACAGACACACACAAUUCGCUUGAAAAAUAGCCCCCUCUCUCAUCUGCCCUAAAAGAUGAGCUCUUCUGAACCGCCCAAGCCUCCCGCUGAUGGGGAGAAAAGAAAAUCAAUAUUCUCAUCAGCUGAAGGGGAAAGCAAAAUUCAAAAACUCUCAAUUUCUUCUGGUGAUGGUGGCAGCUGUAGUGUUCAUCAAGCAGCUAAAGCUAAAGGGAUUGAGGAGGAGGAGGCUGUUGAUGAGAAAACAACUGAGCAUGCUAUUGAUGAGGAACCACCAGAGGAGAGUGCUGAUGAGGAACCACAAGAGGAGGCUGCUUAUGAGGAACCGCCAGAGGAGGCUGCCGAUGAGGAACUGCCGGAGGAGGGCCGCCGAUGAGGAACUGCCGGAGGAGGCCGCCGAUGAGGAACCUGAGGACGAGAUUUCAGACGAGAUGUUGGGCGAUGAUGGAUAUGACGAUUGAGUGAUGAUUUACCCCUUACAAGUUCAUGGUGAAAGUUAAUAUGUUUAAGACUAAAAGUUUAGUUCCGCGUACUUAACUACUACAUAUGCUAGCUACUUAUAUAGUUAAUUAUCCACUCAUAGAGUCAUAGUUAAGUACUCUUGGCCUCUGGUUGGACCAGAUCAGAGAGGUUUAUGGAGUUUCUUUAUGCCACUGAUGAAAUGAAGUCUUUAUGCUACUGAUGAAAUGAAGACCCAGCUUAAUUAAUUAAAUUUUCUUUAA